GGUGUAAGUAAUCCAGUACACCCUACACCAAUAAUUCUCCUGGGGUCCAUGCUUCACAUGCUUUACCACAAUGGCGGUCUGAAUAGUCACUUUCAACGGCCAACGCACUUCAAACCCAGAAGAUAAAUUAUCAACCGAGUACGUCGUGCUUUGGUCGUGCUACCAAGCGUGCCACCAAAAAAAUUACCAGUCACCUUGAGCUCUUCCACCGGUCACCCCUUAAAUCAAUGGAGCGAUCACAACUUCUGAACAAGUGGCCUGGUAUACAUAGUAGAGCAAACCAUCGUAUAACGAAACCAUUAUCAGACGUCUCAAUCGACUCGAUGGACUGAAAUAAGCAUUACACCCUCAGUGAACAAAUAGUACCGUAGCCAGUCAGGGGCUUGCAUGACUCGGACAACCGCGACGUGUCGAAGCACGGUUACUGUAGGGAAUAUUUUGCCCUUCACCCUCACAUCGCAUGAGUCACGAUCGGCCCAAGCAACGUGUAUUUCACUUCGGUUACUCCCCUACCGUUCAUUGCGCAUGGAAAUAUCUUAUUCCAGUGUCAGCAAAAUCAGUUGCCAGUGGACGAAAGCAAUUAUCGCAACACGCCGAGAUGUCAGCUGCUUGUGCCGGUAGAUGGGAUCAUGACGCGUUUUGAUUCAUUAGCGCAGGCUCGCAUAAACGUAUAGCCUUUAUCGACAGCAUUCCAGAUGAAGUCGAGUUUGAACGUGGUUUUAGCCCUAACCAGCGCAUCGUGGGAUUGGGAAGCUCUCUACUGACGCUUUAUUGUUUAGCACUUUAUCAUUGCAGGAGUGGACAGCGUGGUUUAUCGGGGG